UUUGGGAUUUGGGGGCUUUUCUUUGGAUUUGGGGGCUUUCCUUUGGAUUUGGGGGCUUUCCUUUGGAUCUGGGGCCCCUCCCCUGGAUCUGGGAUCCCUCCCCCGGAUUUGGGAUCUCUCCCCCAGAUCUGGGACCUCUUCCUUGGAUCUGGGAUCCCUCCCCUGGGUUUGGGAUCUCUCCUUUGGAUCUGGAAGUUUCUCCCUUGGAUCUGGGAUCUCUCCCUUGGAUCUGGGGUCUCUCUCCUGGAUCUGGAAGUUUCUCUCCUGGAUCUGGGAUCUCUCUCCUGGAUCUGGGAUCUCUCCCUUGGAUCUGGGAUCUCUCUCCUGGAUCUGGAAUCUCUCCCCUGGAUUUAGGAUCUCUCCCAUGGAUCUGGGAUCUCUCCCCCAGAUCUGGGAUCUCUCCCUUGGAUCUGGAAGUUUCUCUCCUGGAUUUAGGAUCUCUCUCCUGGAUCUGGAAGUUUCUCUCCUGGAUCUGGGAUCUCUCUCCUGGAUUUAGGAUCUCUCUCCUGGAUCUGGAAGUUUCUCUCCUGGAUCUGGGAUCUCUCCCUUGGAUCUGGGAUCUCUCUCCUGGAUCUGGGAUCUCUCCCUUGGAUCUGGGAUCUCUCUCCUGGAUCUGGAAUCUCUCCCCUGGAUUUAGGAUCUCUCCCAUGGAUCUGGGAUCUCUCCCCCAGAUCUGGGAUCUCUCCCUUGGAUCUGGAAGUUUCUCCCUUGGAUCCCGUGGCUCACCGGGCUGGAUCCGCCGUCCCGAUCCCAGAGGAUUCCUUUGGGAUGGGGACGAGGGCGAUCCCCGCCAUCCCCAACCCUUCUCCCUCCCCUUUUCCCCAGGGAUCCGAGCCCAGGAAACGGUGCUGGGGACCUUGGGAGAGGCGACCUUCCUGCGGAUCCCCCGCCAGCUCCAGGAGCGCACCCAGGAGUUCGGGGAAGCCUCCUGGAAAAAACUGACGGAGGAGCUGCAGAGGAAGAAAUUCCUGCUGAAGAUUUCCGGCGAGAACUACACGGAGUUCGAGCCGGGCCGGGUGAGCUUCCACCGCCGGGAUUUUUCCCUGGAAAUCCUCAACACCAGCCGGGAUGACCGCCGGCUCUACGAGUACAGCGUCACCAACGGGCAGGAGGAGGAGAUCUGGCAGAUCCAGCUGGAAGUGUUCGAGCCGGUGGCCGAUCCCAGCAUCCGGAUCCUCCGCCGGGAAUUGUCCAACGGCAGCUGCUCCCUGGAGCUCCGCUGCACCUCGGAGAGGGGGGACGAGGUUUCCUACAGCUGGGAGAGCCGGGACAACGGCACCGGGGGGAUCUGCUCCGGGAACGGCAGCUUCCUGAACCUCUCCUACUCCCUGCGGAACGCCGGCUUCGGGUGCGUCUGCACCGCCAGGAAUCCCGUCAGCAGCCGGGACGCCGCCUUCGACCCUUCCCGGUGUGGCUUCGAGCAGCGGGAUGUCCCCGGGCUGCGGCCGGAGCUCCUGGCGCCGCUGCUGGCGCUCGCUGCCGUCGUCAUCGUCACCGUCACCGUUGUCACCUUCAGGGCCAUCCGCCUGGCCAAACAUGUCCCCGGGCUGCGGCCGGAGCUCCUGGCGCCGCUGCUGGCGCUCGCUGCCGUCGUCAUCGUCACCGUCACCGUUGUCACCUUCAGGGCCAUCCGCCUGGCCAAACUGUCCGCUGGUCACUUGGUGGUCACUCUGUGUCCGCUGGUCACUCUGUGUCCGCUGGUCACUUGGUGUCUGGCGGUCACUCAAUGUCCGGUGGUCACUCAGUGUCCGGUGGUCACUUGA